GGGCUGCACAGCAAAUGCUCUGCGCAUCAGUAUCAGAUCAUUUACUGGAUCUAUCUUAAUUGCAUGCAAAGUCCAGAGCGCGUGACUUACCGGGACAGGUGUGCAACAGGUGUCCAGCUAGAGAUAUGAAGCGCAUUUAUUAAUUUUUUUAAUUUUUGUUUAAGUUCCUGCGUCAGCUGGAUGGCUCGCAGGAACAGCUGGGCUGGCUGCCGGCAGACAGGGGGCGGUAGGUCCGAGGGUCAGUGAGCUCAUUACAGCGUAAGCAAAGGGGGGAAUAAUUGCUGAGUCUGGCUUUUCUGAUAGUUAACUAUCGAGCAACCGGUCUUGCAACUUUUUGGGGGGAGUUGUGUAAGAGGAGACACAGAUACUGACUCUCGUUUUCCUUCAGAAUAAGCACUUCUGCCGUCGGGCUUAGUCCAAGUGCGCAUUACGCACCAGCAGCCUGGGAUCUGCCUUUUGUUACAUGUCUGGAGCAAGUGACGAAAAUGUCCUCGUCCAUCCGCGCGCUGCUGUUUGCACUGGCGCUGUCUCUCUGCGUGCUGGAAGUGGCCUCGGCGGAGACGCUGUGCGGGGGGGAGCUGGUGGACGCGCUGCAGUUCGUGUGUGAAGACAGAGGAUUUUAUUUCAGUAGACCCACUAUCAGGGGUAACAGCCGUCGCACCCAAAACCGUGGGAUCGUAGAAGAGUGCUGUUUCACUAGCUGCGACCUCAACCUGCUGGAACAGUACUGUGCCAAACCAGCCAAGUCUGAGAGAGACGUGUCGGCCACCUCUCUACAGGUCAUACCAGUGAUGCCUCCGCUAAAACAGGAAGUCCCCAGGAAGCCACAUGUGACGAUGAAGUAUUCCAAAUACGACGCGUGGCAGAAGAGGGCGGCCCAGCGGCUCCGGAGGGGUGUCCCCGCCAUCCUGAGGGCCAAGAAGUUCCGAAGGCAAGCUGAACAGAUCAAAGCGAAAGAGCAAGCCAUCUUCCACAGGCCCCUGAUCAGCCUGCCCAGCAAACUGCCUCCUGUCUUGCUCACCACAGACAGCUAUGUCAACCACAAGUGAGCCCGCUGCCAGCCCUUUGCACAGACAAGAUUUUGGAGGGAGAAAAAAAAAAGACUAGGGGAUUAUAGCUUUGUCUCUGACGUCAUUUCUGUGGCAGUCCUCUUUGACCUCCCCAGCCCUGUCCGAGCUCACCAAUCCCACCCCCCCACCUCCAUCUCAUCCACUUCUUCUUGACCCUGUGCCCCUUUUCUAAUGCCCCCUCCGCCCCCUCCAAACCUCAAACACUCUUCUCUGGCACACAGCCAUGCCUUCACAUUCUUCCUGUCUGAACUUUUUUGCUCCCUCUCUCUUUCAGCCACUGACACAAAAGGCACAAACACAAACGAUGAACAAAAAGUUAACAAUUUGGCUGAACGCAAUUCAGGUGGAUCCUUCAGGAAGAGAGUUAAAAAGGAAGGAAGAAGAUGAAAGGGAUCUGAGGUUCGCAAGUGUCAAGAGGACACCCAGCGGAAUGUUUUUUGUCCUUGUGGAAAACAACUGAGAGAGAAGAGCAGCUUGCAUUAAAGAAUCCAUUCCACGUCAUUUUUUUUUGUUUUUCCGAGGCGAAAGAAAAUCUCUGUUAGUCUUUUUCUUAUUAGUUUGCACCUCUACCUAUAAAGGGACUUCCACACUGUAAGGAAUUAUUUUGUAAAAUUAGAUUCCUGUUCCAGCACCUUUUGAUCACAAACAAAAAGCAGAGAUGAGUCUGCAAAAUUGCACAUUGCCACGGAUUACGUCAAAGUAAAGAAAAAAAAAUGGCACUAUUUUUUUAUGAACAAUGAACGUGUAGCUUAAAAAUGUCAUGGUGCUAGCUUUGGGAAUGGACUCAAAGAAGAGGUUGAAAUGCACGUUUUUUUUUUUUUUUUUUCCUUUGAAUGAAUAUUGAAACUUUCCGUUUUAAGGAAAGUGUGACUUUUUGAAAAUAAGGAAAACAUGGAUUUGGGAGCUCCUGGCAGUGGCAAUGUAAAGGGGGAUGUGUCGGUGAGAGAAUAUCUGGGCUCAGCUCACAGCGAGGGCUGCUCAUUGCUAAAUCGCCAGCAAACUUGGCAAAAAAAAGUGGGGGACCCAAGAACCAGCCCCUGCUCCUCCUAGUCCCUCCAAGGCUGCCGGGCACAUGGAGCGUUUUAGGGACUCACCGGACAUAUUGGACUGCAAGGACUGGGACACUUCUUCAGUUCUGAGACAAUGCUUCCUGUUUUCCAUGGCUUUGCGGACUGCUCUGACAGGAAGUACCAUCGCAUGGACAAGUGGGAUACUGAUAAUUAUAUUUUAUUUUGUCUCUUUUUCCUGUUUUCUUUUCAUAUCAAUGUUUUAAUGAGAAAAAAAAGGAAAACCCUGUCAGUUUCUGGUACCGUGACAUUCCUGUUCUUUCAAGUUAGGCAUUUUCUUUUUGGGUUAUAGUUCUAUGAUGUUAUUUUACAGUUCUAAAGAAAGGCACAACAUUUUUGAUUCAAAGGGAAAAAAACAGCAAUAAUGUCAACUAACAUUUUAUUUUUAAUGUAUAUCAGUAGUAUUCACAUGCUUUUGCCUGAAAACAAAUACUUGAAUAUAUAUAUACAUCUAUAUAUAUAUAAAUAUAUAUAUAAAUAUAGAUAUAUAAUUAGUUUCCAGGGACGUUGUGUUAUUUUCCUUUAGUCUGAGCUGUAUCUUGCGUAAUGAGCCGCCAAGCUUUUUUGUUUGUUUGUUGAAAUAUAAAUAAGGGCACUGUAUAAAGGCAUUAUUUAUUUUGUUAUAAAAUAUAUUUGAAAAUUGGUCCAAAUAAUAUACGAAGCACUGAUGCUCAGCUGACGGAAUUAUUUUGUAUGAUCUCUGUUUUCCAAUUGGAGUUUUAAGGCUUUUUGUAGAUGCUUUGUACCAAAAAAUAAUGUCUUUUUUUUCCCUCUCUGUUUGCCAUAGCUACUUUAAAUUAAUAUUUUAACAGCAGCAUAGCCUGGAUUGCUUCAGUAUGUAAUGUCACAGAAAUAGGCACAUACUCUGAAUAUGGUGAUCUGCAUGGACUUUCCGGAAACCUGUCGGGGGUUAUCUGUGAAACAGGAAGUAUCAUUGAGUGAUUUUAUUAUUGGAAGAAUAACUGUUGUUGAACAUUGAUUGUACUCUACCCACUAUGUUCUGAAGCCACUUUAGUAUUGAUGGCAGGGGAAUGAUGAGUCCUUCAUUAAAUCAUGUCUUUGUAAUUCUGCAUGGUGUCCAAUGAUAUUCCACUCAGC